AUGGAUAUCCGUUACCGGUUGAGAUGUUUAAACGAAUCAUCUGGUGAUGCUGCUGCUGUUGAUGCGUUGGCAGUGGUGCGUAAGCAAGAAAAAACAAAAACAACCAUGGUGAACGCCCGACGAGCUGCCAUGAGCAAGAAAAAGAAUAAAAAUGCUGAGUUACCACUGGAUCAAUGCGUGUCGGAGGUGCACAAGUGUCUGCGAGAAAGACUGUGCCAUGGGGCGCUCACCGGCAUCCCGUUGUACAUGGAGCCCCAACGCAAGCACUUGCUGGAGAUGCUCAAACGAACGGCCACACAGGGGGAAGGCAAUUCCGUGCUGGUGGUCGGCUCCCGUGGCUCGGGAAAAUCCAUGCUUCUGAAAGGCGUGCUGAAGGAGCUGCUGGAAAACAACUCCAUCCGAGAGAACCUCAUGCAGGUUCAUCUGAACGGCCUCCUGCAGAAGGACGACCGCAUUUCACUCGAGGAAAUCACGCGGCAGCUUCAGCUGGAGAACACAGUCGGGGACAAAGUGUUUGGGAGUUUUGCGGAGAAUCUCACCUUUUUGCUGACAGCAUUAAAAAGCGGCGAGCGGAGCAGUACUCGCCCCGUACUGUUUGUGCUGGAGGAGUUCGAUCUGUUCGUCCAGCACAAGAACCAGGCACUCCUCUACAACCUGUUCGACGUGGCAAAGUCUGCCCAGACGCCCAUUGCUGUAGUGGGACUCACAUGCCGCUUGGAUGUGCUGGAGCUGCUGGAGAAGCGUGUGAAGUCGCGCUUCUCCCAUCGGCAGAUCCACGUCUUCCCCUGCCCCAAGUUUGACGACUACGUCGCCGCGUUCUGCCAGACGCUUACGCUGCCGCAGGCCUUUCCGGACGUCGCUUUCGCCAAAAGUUGGAACGACAGCGUCCAGCACGAUGAGAAAAUUGCGGCCGACAUAUGGGCGCAGUGCAGCGCUCUGGGACUAACAACCAACCGAGGGAAUUAUGAUGCAGCACACAAGCCCUGGAGAUGCGGGGAGAUCUCCAGGUAUUUCCUGGGGGACCGCAUACGGAUCAAACUGGUCUCCCCGACAUACCUAAUAUCGGAAGCCAAGUAG